CAAAUACAGAGCAGAAGACACUAAGAGAAGCUCUAAUAAGAAAGAAGAAAAAAAAAACAAAAAAAGAUGGCUUUCUCAGUUUCCAUAUUUGCCUCACUCGCACCAUACUUAGUCUCUUUGUUAAUUCUCUUCCUUCUUAUCGAGCAACUCUCUUACCUUGUCAAGAAACGUAACCUCCCUGGCCCUCUAUUUGUCCCUCCGAUCAUCGGAAACGCCGUUUCACUCGUUCGUGACCCAACUUCCUUCUGGUACAAGCAAUCCGCAACGGCGGGCACUUCCCGUGGCCUCUCCGCCAACUACCUCAUCGGAAAAUUCAUCAUCUACAUCAGAGAUACUGAGCUUUCCCAUCAAAUCUUCUCCAACGUGGGUCUCAAUGCAUUUCACCCUCUCGGACAUCCUUUUGGCAAACAACUCUUCGGCGAUCAUAGCCUAAUCUACUUGUUCGGUGAGGAUCACAAAACCGUUCGCCGUCACCUUGCUCCUAACUUCACCCCCAAGGCACUCUCCACUUACUCUGAUCUUCAACAAAUAGUUAUGUUCCGUCAUCUACGAGAGUGGGAGGAAAGUUUCUCCGGCGGAACUAAGCCGGUUUCUAUGCGAGAUCUUGUCCGUGAACUCAAUCUUGAGACUUCUCAAACUGUAUUCGUUGGACCCUACCUUGACAAGGAAGCUAGGAACAGGUUCCGUACUGAUUACAAUCUAUUCAAUGUCGGAUCCAUGGCGCUCCCGAUAAACCUACCUGGCUUCGCCUUCAGCAAGGCUCGCCGAGCGGUGAUGAACCUUGAGGAGACACUCUCCGUCUGUGCCGGAAAAUCUAAAGAGAGGAUGGCAACAGGGGAGGAGCCAAAAUGCCUAAUCGAUUUCUGGAUGCAUGCAAUCGUCACGGAGAUAGAAUCCGGUAAUCCGCCACCACUUCACUCCGAAGACGAAGCAAUCGGUGGUUUGCUCUUUGAUUUUCUCUUCGCUGCACAAGACGCGUCGACGUCAUCACUCCUUUGGGCGGUAGCGUUUCUUGAAUCUCAUCCGGAAGUGCUUAGCAAAGUGAGGGAGGAAGUGGCCAAGAUUUGGUCGCCUGAGUCCGGCGAGCUUAUCACGGCCGAUCAGCUCGCGGAGAUGAAGUACACGCGCGCUGUGGCGCGCGAGGUUGUGAGAUACCGACCACCGGCAACUAUGGUCCCACACAUUGCUACUAAUGAUUUCCCGCUCACGGAAUCGUACACAAUCCCAAAAGGUACAAUCGUGUUUCCCUCGGUUUUUGACUCCUCGUUCCAAGGGUUUACUGAACCGAACCGGUUCGAUCCGGACCGGUUUAGCGAGACAAGGCAAGAGGAUCAAGUGUUCAAACGCAACUACCUAGCUUUUGGAUGGGGUGCACACCAGUGCGUAGGCCAGCGUUACGCACUGAACCACCUCGUUCUCUUCAUCGCAAUGUUCUCCUCUCUGUUUGAUUUCAAGAGGCUUCAAACUGACGGCUGCGAUGACAUCAUAUACUGCCCCACGAUAUCGCCAAAGGACGGGUGCACGGUGUUCUUGUCUAAGCGCGUCGUAACUUAUCCGAACCUCUCCUUGAGCUGAUUGGAUUUUUAUUAAAAUUAUUGGUGAUCA